UCUACCACUUUGUUGUGACUGUCAAUGUCAACAAGGAAACCUCAAGAGUUAAAAAACCAAUUCAUAUUUUCGACAAAAUCUGCAUUUUGAGCUCGAAUAGACAACGAUGUCGGAUGAUGAUGAUGAUGAUGAUAGAACGUGUAGAUAUGGAACCGCCUUACCAGAACUGCCUGCAGACGUUAUUCCUACAAAGAAACCGAUUACGGUGGCUGAUCAAAUAGCUGUCGAUGCAAAUGGAAAGCGGCGUUUUCAUGGAGCUUUCACCGGUGGAUUCUCUGCUGGCUUUUGGAAUACUGUUGGCAGUUUGGAGGGAUGGAAACCGAAGGAAUUCAAAAGUUCGAGAUCGGAAAAGGCUAAACGAAUGACCCAAGCGCCAACGGAUUUCAUGGAUGACGAGGACAUGGGCGAGUUCGGAAUAGCUCCACAGCGGAUACAAACCACUGAAGAUUUCACUGCUAAGGGUCCGGAAAAAGAUAACCGAAAACGACCAGCUUUACGCGAUGAUGGACCGGUGUUGGGAACGCCAGUGUUGCAGCUAUUUCUGAAGCCAGCUAAAGACAAAGCCAGUGUCAGUUUAUUGAAAAAGAUGGGCUGGCGUGAGAACCAAGGUAUUGGAUCACGUCUCACUAGACGAGACAAGAAGAAAGCCGCAGCACGCUAUAUGAAAGAGCGCAGUGGAUCUAAGGUCUACAACUGUGAUAUGGGUCCUUUACAAAAACCGCACGAAGGUUCCGAUGACGAUGAUGUCGAAGAUGACGAGGACAACGAGGAUUCUGAGUCUGAUGAUUCCAGCGAAGAAAUCACAUUCGCUCCGGAUGAUUACGAACCAUUCCUCCACGCUUUUAAGACUAAUCGCUUCGGACUCGGUUAUGAAGGUCUGAGUAAAUCGACCGGUUCAGUUGCCCAAAAGCACAUAAAUUUAUUUGCUCCGUUUGAAGUGCUGGACAGGAAGAACAAGAAGCUUUCGAUAACUGGUCAAGCAUUCGGAGUGGGUGCCUUCGAGGAAGACGACGAUGACAUAUAUGCCAGAGAUGAUAUGACCAACUAUGACUUCAAACUGGGCCAAAAAGCGAAAGCGUUAGUAAAGAAGCAAAUUCAAGCUCAAAGUGCUAACAUAAUAGAAGGCUUCGCUGUUUCGAAGAGUCAUCAGAAACGAAAGGACAAGAAAAUUUACACCGUCGACGUUCCUGUUUCGUACACGCCAAGGAAUUGGGCUCUGCGUAAAAGUCGUUUUGGACCGGCUGUUGUUCAACCAAGUGCUCCACCAACGAACGAUGGACAUAAAAGGCAUAUGCUUACAGCUGAGGAGAGAGGCGAGCUGCUUAACGAUAAACCUAAACCCAAAGAAGCGACACCAUCCACAAGCACUGCAGAACAAACCAAUUCAUCAGUUGCACCAGAAGUUAUCGUUAAAAUAGAACCGGAUGUGUCUGCAACCACCAAAGCUCCCGAACCGAAAGCGUUGAAUUUCAUUAAAUUACCGGAGUGCUUGAACUUUGAUCGGUUUGUGUCCGAAAAGGACUUGGUAGUUGUUAAGGAGGAAAAGGUAAAAGUCGAACCGAAAAAGAUUGAGGUGACACGAACGAAGACCCUGUGGCAACCAUGUAGUUUACUGUAUGAGAAAAUGAAUAUUGCUGAACCGACAGGAGGGGCUCGUAAGAAAGGCAACAAAAACAGUGGCAAUUUUUCACUCUUCCAAUGCUUAAGUGAAACGACAAAAAACCGAAAGAAAACUCAUCGCGAGCGGCCGGAUUUUACCGAAGUAUUUACUGCAGCUCGUGAAGCGGACAUUGACCUGAUUCAUACAAAUGCAAACAUAAUUCCUCUGCCUGUUGCGUCCAAUCAGUCCAGCGCAUCUUCAUCAAAAGUCACCAUUGCUGCGCCUGAGCCACAGUCUGUUCCUAGUGUAUCUUCUUCGCCGCCGGUACCGAGCACAUCGCAUUUAAUUAAACCGAAGGCCGUGCAGAUUCCAACUACCAAAAAUAAAUCCGACUUGGAAUUGAAAUCGCUGUCGAUGGAAACGAAGCAUCCGUCGGAGAAGAAGGAUUUAUUCAAAGCCAUUUUCGAUAGUGACGACGAACAGGAAACUUCAAUUGAAGCCCAUGAAAAUAGUCCAUCUCAGCCAACAAUAUCUGAACCAACGAUACCGAUCCGAAAUGAAUUCUUACCGAAACCGGCCUCAAUUUUGAAUGUCCUGCGAAACACUUCACCACCGCGUGGCAUUUUUUCCAAUAUGUUUAGGACUGCGAAAGACGUCCCGGAUAAACCGAUCGAAAUCGAGCCGUCAGCAAGUCAACAAGUCCUGGAAGAAAAGACUGGAAUUAGUGAACAGCCAGUAACUCCAGCAGCUCAACCCAUCACAUUACUCUAUGGACCAUCGUUGCCAGUAAAUAAGUCAAUUGUCAAUAAUGCGAUGGCGGUGGCUACUGAUUCAAUUUCUGCAAAUUUUGACAAGAAGUCACGUUACACAGCUGACGAAUGGGUCGAGAAGGAUCACGUAGAUGGCACAGAUGUGAAGAGGAGAGACAAGAAAAAACAGAAGAAAGAGAAGAAGCACAAGAAAGAAAAGUCAAAAAAGAAGAAAUCGAAUAAAGACAAAAGACGAUGAACA